AGUCAUCAGGAAUAAUUGCUUGUGGGUUGGUGGAAAGAGGCACGGGUCCAUAACUCUUAGACCAGAGUUAUAGCACUGUAGAUCAAACUGUUCUUCAGUGCUUGUGAGAAAGAUAAGAAGUGCAAGAUAUGUGGAGAAGGUGCCUGUAAGUGAAGGCAGUUAACAAGGUGGUGGGUACCGAUACCAACACUAGCAACAGCAUAAUAAUUGUACUGUAGUUGUAACGGUGCAUGGGCGGAAUCGUCGUUCAAUUGCUCAGGGUAAGGGCUCGGAAGUGGCCAAUUUAUCCUGUGCAACCUGUAAGAAGAAAUACACACAAUAUGACCAGCAAUUUUUACCAAAAAUGGGCAUUACAUACACCUGUUCCUCAGGGACCCCAUGUUGUUGGGUGUGCAGAUAUCCUGGUAGGAAAAACUGCGGAGGGAACUUUGAUGAGACUCUUUUAUCCAUCCAAAGUAAAAGAUCUUCAGAGUCAAAAAGAGAACUGGACACCGUGGCACCUUGGAGAUGAGUAUACGAGAGGGCUGGCUACCUUCAUUGCCCCUGCCAUACCUUCUCUCUUUAGCAUGUUAUUCAACUGGCAAACAGGAAGUGCAACUACAGCAGCUGUUUGGGAACCUCCUAUGGCUGAGGGUAAAUUUCCCAUUGUGGUGUUUGCCCAUGGCCUGGGUGCCAAUCGCUCCAUCUACAGCACUGUUUGCAGUGAACUUGCUUCACAUGGCUUUGCAGUAGCAGCUAUAGAGCACAGAGACAGUUCCGCAUGUGCAUCUUUCACAAUCAAUGACAAAGGAGAAAAGGAAUUCAUUCUCUUCAAAGCACUUACUCCAGGAACUAAGGAAUAUGAACUCAGGAACAGCCAGCUAAAAGUGCGGGUGAAAGAAGGCAUCAGAGCACUAGAUGUCUUGGAAAAGCUCAACAAGGGGGGUGUGAAAAAUGACCUGCCCUCUACCUUUGACCUGGAGCAGCUUGCUGGUCGUCUUGACCUGUCCAAGCCCAUUAUGGCAGGACAUUCCUUUGGGGGUGCAACAACCCUUUGCAUUCUAGCCGAGGACAAAAGAUUCACAAUGGGAGUUGCUCUAGACCCAUGGAUGUUCCCUAUUAAAGUAGACAUUGACACCUUAGCACCAAAGAUAACGCAGCCUUUGCUAUGCAUAAACACUGAAGCCUUCCAAGCCGAAGCCAACAUGAAUGCUAUGAGGAAGCUGAACUUGGACACGACAACUUUUGUGACGAUAAAGGGAACAGUACAUCAGAAUCAGUGUGACACCCCAUACCUUGUAGGUCCCAUUGGUCGCAUCUUUGCUGGGGCUUCCUCCCCUCUUGACCCUCUGAUGGCCAAUGAUAUCAACAACAGAAUAAUGAUCAAUUACAUCUGCAAGCAGCUUGGUAUGAAGCCAGAAUUUUGCAACCAAUAUGAGGCAUAUUUAGAGAACCACAAGGAUAAAGUGGUACAUGGCCUACAUGGGACUGGGAAAGGAAUGCUGGGUUGGGAUCCGGGGUACAACCGUAUCUGAUUGCAUGUUAGUCAGUGGAUAAUAUGGUGGAGGUGCAUAUAUUAGUGUGGUUGCAAGGAAUGGCUGAGGUUGAGUAAAGCUUUUGCUGGAAGGUGCAAAGGCAUGUGCCAUGGUGUUGGUGCAUGAUGUAAAAGAUGGACUGUAGUGUGCUGAAAUUUGGCUUAGCCAGUGAGGUGCCUCCUUAUUUUUGUUUAGAUCCCUACUGUACUCUAUGUAUGUGUGAUACUUUAUUAUGCCAAAUGAGUAGAGAGCAUUUAUCAUCAUUACUAUCAUUAUUAUUAUUAUUAUUAUUAUUAUUAUUAUUAUUAUUAUUAUUAUUAUUAUUAUUAUUAUUAUUUGUUUUUGUUUUUAAGUCAUUGUGUUUGAGAGUAAGAUAUUUUUUUUCCUAAUCCUUGCUAUGUUUCCAAAUCCCUUUUACUAAAAAUUUGUGCUAAAAGGUCAGUAAAUAAGAAUAGAUGUUGAUAAGGGAUUUAAUUCUGAUGAUUAACAAUUUACGCACAUAUAUAUAUAAAUAUAUAAAUAUAUAAAUAUGUGUGUGAAGUAAUGUCUCCAUCAGUUUCACUGUCCUUUAAAUAGAUAAUGAAAUGUAAUAUAGAGAUAUUUUCAUUAUGAAACAAUAAACAUAUACUUACAGCUGGUCUUUUGUAUACACUUUACAUAUAUUUGUUGCCAGAAAUCAUUUUAUUAUUCACUACUGUCUUCAAGAAUAUACAGAAACAUUAAAAUAUUUUUGAUACUCUUAACAAUACCAAAACUAUGUCCAUUUUACAACAUUAUGUCAUCAUUAUUGUUCUUCCAACAUGUGAAGUUUAUGUAUUUUAAGAAGUUCUCAGUAGGCCUGCUAUUAACUGGAAUAUGGUCACCGAGAGCUCUUUCAGACCCUUUAUAAUUAGAAACCUUGCGUCAUUCACUUUUUUCACCCCUGAUAUUGAAUAAAUAUUUUUUUCCAACAUCAA